AUGUUAACAGAACUGGUUAAUAACACAUCUAAAAAUAAUAAUAAUAAUACCAAUAGCAAUAGCAAUAGCAAUAACAACGAGAAGAUAAUAAAUAAUUUGAAUAAUGGCCAUAUAGCAUCAUCUAUGUUAUCCUCACCAAAUAAAAGAAAAAUUGAUGCUAUAAUAGAUUCAAAUUCAAAUUCAAAUUCAAAUUCAAAUUCAAAUUCUAAGAUGACAAACUCAAUACAAGACAACACAUCUUUAUCAUCUGAAACACAUGAUCAAACCCAUGAACAAAGACUCCCGACACCCAAAAAGGUCAAAUCCAUUAAAAAACAACUUAAAGAAUCAUCAUUAUCUACCAAUUUAUCAUCAAAAACAUUGCCUGAAUUUAAUUUUACCAAAUUCUGUUAUAGACAUAACCCAGAUAUUCAAAAAUCACCAACUCAUACAUCAUGUUAUGAACAUGAUAUUCAAAAAUUCAAAGAAAUUAAUGAAAAUAUAAAUAAAUUAGAAAAUAAUCAAGAAAAAAUUGAAAUCAACAAAAUUAUAAAUAAAUUCAAAUUUUCAAAUGAUAAAAUUAGAAAAUUAAUCAUAGAUGGUAUAUUAACAUCAUCAUGUUUCCCACAAUUAUCAUACAUUUCAACACAACUUACUAAAAUCAUCAAAAUAGAUUUCAUAUCCAUUUUACCAAAGGAAUUAUCUUUGAAAAUUUUAUCAUAUUUGGAUUGUCAAUCAUUAUGUAAUUCAACAAGUGUUUGUAAAAAAUGGAAAUUAUUAGCUGAUGACGAUAGAGUUUGGUAUCACAUGUGUGAACAACAUAUUGAUAGGAAAUGUCCCAAUUGCGGUUGGGGGUUACCACUCUUACAUAUGAAAAGAGCAAGAUUUAUUAAAAGUAAUACAUGUCCCACAAAUAUGGCACCCUCCAUGAACGGAUCUCCUAAUAACAACAAUAACAACAACAACACCGCGUGUUCCAUUGUAGCAGCAUCAAAUGCGAAAAUUAAUAACACUAGACCAUGGAAAGUUAUCUAUAGAGAAAGGUUCAAAGUGGAAUCAAAUUGGAGGAAAGGUAUUUGUCAAAUUCAAGAAUUUAAAGGUCAUUUGGAUGGUGUCCUAACGUUACAAUUCAAUUAUAGAUUAUUAUUCACUGGAUCAUAUGAUUCUACCAUUGCCAUUUGGGAUCUUUGUUCAAAUAAAUUAAUUAGAAGAUUAUCAGGUCAUACAGAUGGUGUAAAGACAUUACAUUUUGAUGAUCAAAAAUUGGUCACCGGAUCAUUAGAUAAGACUAUUAGAGUUUGGAAUUAUAAGACAGGUCAAUGUAUUUCCACUUAUAGAGGUCAUACAGAUUCCAUUAUGAGUGUUGAUUCUUAUAAGAAGAUCAUUGUCUCAGGAAGUGCAGAUAAGACUAUUAAAGUUUGGCAUGUAGAAUCAAGAACUUGUUAUACAUUGAGAGGUCAUACUGAAUGGGUUAAUUGUGUUAAAUUGCAUCCAAAGAGUUUCACUUGUUUUAGUGGUAGUGAUGAUACUACCAUUAGAAUGUGGGAUAUUAGAACAAAUUCAUGUUUGAAAAUUUUUAAAGGUCAUGUGGGACAAGUUCAAAAAGUUAUCCCAUUAACUAUUAUUGAUGUCGAGAAUUUAGUUACUGAUAGUGAAGAUAUCACUGCUAGUGAUGAUGAUGUUGCGAUGACAAAUGAUACCACCACGAAUGAACCUACUACAAAUAAUAAUGAUAAUGCAAACGGAGUUGAUGAAAAUUUACCACAAACACAAACCUUAGAUGAAUCUAUACCCUAUCCAACUCAUUUAUUAUCAUGUUCAUUAGAUAACACCAUUAAAUUAUGGGAUGUGAAAACUGGGAAAUGUAUCAGAACACAAUUCGGACACGUAGAAGGUGUUUGGGAUAUCGCUGCUGAUAAUUUCAGAAUUAUAAGUGGAUCUCAUGAUGGUAGUAUCAAAAUUUGGGAUUUACAAAGUGGGAAAUGUAUGCAUACUUUCCAUGGUAAGAAAUUACAACCACAGGAUGACUCAAAUUCUAAUAACAACAACAAUGGUAAUAAUAAUAAUAUUAAUAAUAAUAAUAAUAAUAAUACACAUGAGGCAAGUAAUAACGGUACAACUGCAAAUAAUACGAGCCCAAUUCCAACUGCAAUAAAUAAGUUUCUCCAAUUUCAUGUGUUGGAAUUGGUGAUUCGGAAUUCUUUAGCGGUGAUGAAGUUGGUUGUGUCAAAAUGUAUAAAUUUGAUUAACGAAAAGCACAGUAUGAUCAGAACACUAACAAGAUAUACGUCAAAAAAAAAAAGUUCUCAUUAUUUCCUCUUUUGA